AUGGCUUUCUACAAAGUGAUCUGUGUGGCAGCUCUGCUGACUCUCCUGACACAAGAGUGUCACUCACAACUAAGCGUGUGUGGUCAGCCUGCGCUCAACACCAAGAUUGUUGGAGGACAGGUGGCCUCUGCAGGCAGCUGGCCCUGGCAGGCCAGUCUGCGAAACUCUGGGUCCCACUUCUGUGGAGGAUCCCUCAUUAACAAUCAAUGGGUGCUGACUGCUGCUCACUGUUUCUACAGUCCAGGCGUAAGCACGAGCACCCUGGUUGUGUCUCUGGGUCUCCAAAGUCUACAGGGAUCAAACCCCAAUCAAGUGUCUCGGACAGUAUCACAGAUCAUCGUUCAUCCCAACUUUAACGCUGUAACUUUUGACAACGACAUCUGCCUCCUGAAGCUCUCCUCACCCGUGACUUUCACCGCCUACAUCCUGCCCGUCUGUCUGGCAGCCACAGGCAGCACCUUCUACAAGGGGACUCUCUCCUGGUCAACCGGCUGGGGCAAUGUUGGAACUGGAGUGUCCCCUCCUUUCCCACAAAACCUAAUGGAGGUGCAGAAACCGAUUGUGGGGAACAGAGAGUGUAACUGUAACUACAGAGUGGGUGCGAUCACAGACAACGUGAUCUGCGCCGGGUUAACUGCUGGAGGAAAAGGCAUCUGUCACGGUGAUGGAGGAGGUCCGCUGGUGAGCAAGCAGGGCAGUCGCUGGAUCCAGGCGGGAAUUGUGACUUUUACCAGUAGCAAGGGCUGUGCCCAGCCUAAUAUCCCAUCAGGCUACACCCGAGUGUCCCAGUAUCAGUCCUGGAUCAACAGCCAGAUCACCAGCAACCAGCCAGGCUUCAUCACCUUUAAAUCCACUGGGACUGACGGUGACCUCAGCAUUACCUGCCCUGGCCUGCCAUCAUCAAUACCCCAAGUGUGUGGUCAGCCAAAACUCAACACCAAGAUUGUUGGAGGACAGGUGGCCUCUGUAGGCAGCUGGCCCUGGCAGGCCAGUCUGCAAACCUCUGGCUCCCACUUCUGUGGAGGAACCCUCAUCAACAAUGACUGGGUGCUAACUGCUGCUCACUGCUGUGCAAGUACAGGCAUAACCACGAGCACUCUGAGCGUGGUUCUUGGUCUCCGGAGUCUACAGGGAUCAAACCGCAAUCAAGCAUCUCGGACAGUCUCACAGAUCAUCAUUCAUCCCAACUAUAACAUCAUAAAUUUGGAAAACGACAUCUGCCUCCUGAAGCUCGCUUCACCGGUGGCUUUCACCACCUACAUCCAGCCCGUCUGCCUGGCGGCACCAGGCAGCACCUUCUACAAGGGAACUCUCUCCUGGGCCACCGGCUGGGGCGAUGUUGGAUUUGGAGUGCCCCUUCCUUACCCAGGAAACCUCAUGGAGGUGCAGUUGCCGAUUGUGGGGAACAGAGAGUGCAGCUGUACCUAUGGAUUGAGCAUAAUCACAAAAAACAGGAUGUGCACCGGGUUCAGUGCUGGAGGAAAGGACGUCUGUCAUGGGGAUGGAGGAGGUCCGCUGGUGAGCAAGCAGGGCGGUCGCUGGAUCCAGGAAGGAAUCAUGAGUUUUACCAGUAGUCUGGGCUGUGCCCAGCCUAAUUUCCCAUCAGGCUACACCAGAGUGUCCCAGUAUCAGUCCUGGAUCAACAGUCAGAUCACCAGCUUCCAGCCAGGCUACUACACCUACAAGUCCACUGGGACUGAUGGUGACCUCAGCGUCACCUGUACACCACCAAAAAACACAACCUAA